CUGUUCUGUGUCUUUUCCCAGGUGUUUGCGGUGGUGGUGUUUUCCUGCAUCACCACUGAGGGCUACAUCAACCCCCCCGACAGCGCCGAGGCCAGGUGCAUCUUUAACCAGAACGCCUCGGCCUGCCGCUACGCCGUGGGCGUGGGCGUGCUCGGCUUCCUGCUCUGCUCCGCCUUCCUGCUGGCCGACGCCUACGCGCCCUUCAUGAGCAGCGCGCCCGAGCGGAGGCACCUGUGGGGACGCACUCAGGACGUGCGCGCCAUCCCGCAGGACGCCGCCCGGGCCGCCAUCGCCUUCUCCUUCUUCUCCAUCGCCACCUGGGUGAGAAGCCCCGCCCCCACCGGACACACCGGAUGCUGCCGGGACACGGGAACCGGGACCUGUUCAGACGGCCGCCCAUGA